UAUUACAUUGAACUUUAGGAGUAGUAUAUAACUCCACUCCUUUCCCUUUCACAAACAUAAACAUAAACAAGAAGUUAAAGAAACACAUAAUUACACCAAAUUAACCAACAAUGAUGAUCAUGAAGUUUAGGUCAAUGAAGUUGUCUAGAAGCUUUUCUAAAUUACGUUGUGGCAAGGCCAAUGAUAGCACAGCACGUAGUAAAACCAAUAGUGUUAGCCUACAAGGUUACGGUGGAACCAUGGGUGGAGAAGUUAAGUGGGAAUUACGACCAGGUGGGAUGCUUGUUCAAAAAAGAGAGAUGGUUGAUGAAAGCGUCGACGAAGAAAUUAUGGUGGUUCGAGUUGCAACUGGUUCACAAUGGCAUGACAUAUCCAUCCAACCUACUUCUACAUUCGGAGAAUUGAAGAUGAUAUUAUCAAUGGUGACUAGCUUGGAGCCAAAAGAGCAAAGACUAUUGUUUAAGGGUAAAGAGAGAGAAGACGGAGAAUAUUUACACAUGGUCGGGGUUAGAGACAAAGACAAGGUGUUGAUGCUACAAGAUCCGGCCACCAAGGAGCGAAAAGUACUCGCCGCAGCAAGUGCAAGGGUAGCUCCUUAUCGUACAAUUACUGUAUGAAACAAUGGUGCCUGCAACCUGCUUAUGGCGAUCUAAUUAGGAAACCACUAUAUUAAUACCUCUUAAUCACUAAUUAAGCCAAAUGCCUCUCUUAACUAGAUGAUUCGUGUUCAUCGAAUGUGUUGACUAGUGUUUUGUUUUUGUUUUUUUCGACCGUCCACAUUUUGAUUAACCAAUAGUCGCCUAGAGGUUGGUAUAUGAUAUACAUAUUUUUCUAUUUGAGGUUUUCAAACCCAAAUUGUGUACAUAUUGUAAUAAUUUAUUUCAUGAUUUGCAACCUUUGUUGCAUAUUCAAA